AUGGUAGUAUUUUGGAGAUGUUUUCACCGAAAAGAGCGUGUCAACACUAACACCUCCGCAUUAGCCGAUGCACAAAGUAGCCUUGAGAGGGAGAAGUUUUACCGUCAACGUCGCAAUACUGCUCGCGCGCGCAUGCGUCUCCUUCGAUGGAUUGUGUGGAUGGACUUUGCUGGCACAACCACGCUUCAUGGACCGGCCCACCUCUCCACCACUCGAGGAAAAACUCGCAUCUACUAUUCCUUAGUAGUGACUCUCUGUUCUAUCUUUUUUAUAUUUCACACCGCCCAUCUGAUUCGGCAUUUCAAGGCCUAUCCCAUCCUCACUGCCAUUAAGUAUGAUAACAUGGACUUUCAGUAUCCAGACAUCACAUUAUGUCCACACAGUCCCUUUACAGACGCUCAAGUGUUCGCCGACAAUGAAACCUCUGCACCAAUAGAGCGAGUCUACGCCAUGGCGAAGGAAAAGUGGUGGCGAAAUCCUGACGUUCUUAACAUGUCCCCUAACGCCUACAUUAAACGAAGCCUUCUUGGGCAGUUCUAUCGAAACUCCUUGAAACUAGGGAAACGAUUAUUCGAUCAUGUUAUAUUUUGUGAGUUAAACGGGGUAGACUGUUUGGACCAAUUUCUAGUGACUGAGCAUCCAGUAUAUUACCGAUGCUUCACAUUGCGUAUCAAACGAAAUCCACCAUUUCCGGCUGGACCGACACACGGAGUACAAAUUGUGCUGCACCGAGGCUCGAGAAAUGCUCAACCGCUGCUAGUGCUAGACGAAAACGAACCCUUCCUCGUGCAAUCAAAUGUGGCACCCCUCAACAAGAGCAAUCUGCGUCCCAACGCUUCGCUAGAAGCAACUUUUACGACUAAAGACGGAUUUUAUGUGGUUUUCCAUGAGCACAAAACAUUUCCAAAUUAUCCUCUACAGAAUAUGGCCAACGGACUAACUCUGCGCUACGGUCGAUUCACAAGAAUUGGGUUGUCAUCAAUGGACUUGAACUCUAUUAAUCUUGAGAGGCGUCCCUGUCUAUUCUCAAAACACAUUCCAAAAAUCCAGCUAGCCAGACAUGAUCGCAUGUCUGACAGUAACUUUAAAUCGGACAAACCUAAGGAGGAUGAAACAUUAUCAGAGUUUGAGUACACUCAACAAUCGUGUCUGGCAAAUUUCCGGCAGCUUCUGACCCAAAAAGAGUGCGGAUGUUUCUCUGACGCCUAUUCCAUUCCCUACAGCGCACGGCAUAUAGGGCUAAAAUACUGCCUCGAUGUCGAGCAGAGUUCUAGCAAUGUCAUCAAGAUGCCCGAAAUUAUUGCCUGUGUUCAUAAAAUAGAAAAUAUGACGGAUGCUGAGAUCGUGAAAUCUGUGGUACCCACAAUUCCCGGUGAUGGAAUAAAAGGAUGUCCGCUGCGCUGCGACCAGAGGGACUUUCAUGUGCAUCUACACUACUCCUCGGACCUAAAGCAAGACUUUACUCCUGAGCGAUUCAUAACAUACUUUGAGCGUGUGCAACUUCUGAGCACGAAUAAUAGCUUCACGCCGCAUAUACAGUUGAACGGCCAAAAGAUUAACUCAACGGAGCUAAUUUUUCUGGACAUCAGUCCCAUUUCUGAAGGCGUUAGUCAAGUGGUAGAAGAUCGCGCGUACACAGUGAUUCAACUUCUAAGCGAACUUGGUGGUGUUUCGGGCUUGUAUGUCGGCAUAACGCUCUAUACCUUAGCGGAGCUGUUUGAUCUUACAGUGCGCUUCCUUAUGCUUUUUGUUCCAUACAUUUGGUAUCAGUUUCGUUAUAAAAGGCAAAAAGAACAGAACAAAAGUUUUCAAGCCCUGAUGGAACAACUUGCUAUUUUACCUCAAUCGAGUGUACAUAUGUCAGACACUCAGGAUACGUUGGCUGUUGAACGCUUCGAAGCGUUGAUGUCACAAUGGCGAUCCGAGCGAAAUCAAGUAGGAUACGUCCCUGUGGAAAUACUAACUCAACUGGCUGAGCUCUUUGAGGAGCAAGUCAACAUUUACUAUCAUGCCGAUCCUGAUCCUCUGGAUGAUAGACAUCCCCUGCGAGCCCAAAGCAAAUGCGAAUUUGGACUUCUAUUGCGUCUUAUCUCCGCCCACGACACCUUUUUUAAUCGUCUUACAGAAUAUCUCUGCUGCAGCGAUGACCCCCAAAAUCCCACUGUUCGAGCUGCAGCUCGUCUUCUGUGUUGCAUCCAACUCGGUGUCACUAUCUCGGUAACAGUUUCGGAAACGGACAGUACCGUGAAUUCCUUGUACAAGUUUGCCUUCAGUGAUGCCGAACCAACUAAUUGCUAUGCUCUUCUCAUUCUUGGUUCCAUCCUCGACAACGCGGAAUUGUUGUUCGUUACAAAACAGCGGAACAUUGAUUUAGUAAGUCUCAUAGAAAUUAUUGUAGCUCUUCAGGUGUCCGUUGUCCUUGAAAGAAUGGCGACCUACACGACAGCCCUCGAUCAGGACAUCGCUCAACAUCCUACCCCAAAUAAUGACAGAGACUUUAGCCGCCGGUUGGGUUCCUUCUCUUUGGAACCGCUAAAUUGGGAAACUAAGUUGCGACUCUGUAUGACAUACCUCACAUCUUUAGCGGAGUAUCAAGACAUGAUGCCCUUCAUGUACGACGGAGGCGUGUUGAAAUACGUCUACCUUUUCUUAGAGCCAAAGUACUCAUCGCGUGACGUACGUCUCACUUUUGAGGCACUACGUCUAUUGGCCAAUCUCCUAUGUCACCGGUGCAUCCAUCUAGAUUUUGUCGAGUCAGAGGGAUUGGAAUUAUUGAUGAAGGUGCCUAGACCUUCAGUUGCUGCUACUGCUGUUGGUGUAGUGAUGUAUUACACUUCGUACUUCGAAGACGCCAUGGAAAGGAUGUGUACUCUUAGACCAAAGUUGUUGGAGGAUUUGAUGUCGUACGCUUUGUGGCUAGUGGAGUGUUCACAUCCCUCGGCGCGCUGUUAUGCUCUCUACUUUCUCAACAUUGCCCUCUGUUAUGGCGCCUUUUUCCGGAUAUUCACUGCACGCAAUGGUCUUCGCUAUCUUUUCAAUGCUCUUUGCGUGUUGCCAAUCCGUCUGACAGAGGAUCAGACCAACGUUCAAAAGGAUACGGCCUCAUGGCAUGUAGUGCGCGCCAGUCUCCUCACAAUACGGCGUUAUCUGGACAUUAGUCUCCUCCGUUGGAUCGAUUCUCUCGAUCCCUCCUUGGCGGGAGUCUUUGACGAACCACCGAAGUUGGUUUUAGCUGCCGGAAGCAGGUUGAUUAGCUACACUACGGAGCAGAUGAACCGUCUCAUCGCCCUGGUGGUCUCACGCAUGCGUCCCUCCACAGUCUUUCCACCCAUCCUCGAGCUCAACACUUUGGGUGCUAUUCCAGUGCUUUACCGUAUAAUUGCUCGCAACGCCUACGCUCACGCCAACUGGCCUGGGCGCAAUGAGUGCACUCGGCUAGCAGUGGAUAUCCUUAACGUUAUGUGUCUCUCUGCCGAUUUGGCUGAGGAGAUCGUGGCGACAGACGUCUACUCUUUCCCCGGUGGUUCCAGCUUCUCUGGUAUUCCUCCUCUCCGUGUUUUUCGUUCGCCCCGACGCAGGGGUCGAAAUUUUGUGGAAAUUAUCACUGAUGAGGUUGAUUAUGACGAUGAUGAUGAGGACCAGGACGAAGAGAACCCUGCUGGAGAUGGUGGCGAAAACGUCGAAAUCAACGAGGCGAAUGGCGAGGACGAUGACGAGAUGGGCGUGUUGGCAGGCAGUGGCCCCCAUUUGCCCCCCAGUCUGCAUCGAGGCACGGCAGAGUUGGCAAAUUCUAAUUCUGCGCCUCCUUGGAGGACUAACAAUGGUAGCAGUAAUCCUACAAGGAGGGGAUCUGGCCAUGGCCGAAGAUCUGCUCAAUCUGCCGGAAAUUCGCGUCGGGAUUUUGAUCGUUUGGCUGAUGAGCCGUCUUCUGAGGAUCAUGUCAAUGGUCUUCUCAUGUUGAUCACGCUAAUCCGUGACGACGAUGGUUGGGAUGUGGCGGUACAGAAGGCCAUCCUUUCUUUCAUCGGUACGCUUGUCUACCGCCCCCUCGAUGAGCGAGAGCACCCCGAUCAACCGGUUCUCGCCAGCAGUGUGAUGCCUCCAAACACCUUCUCCAUCGAUCUCAAUGACAGCAUCUUUGUUACACCUAAGAAAUGUGGCAUGCCAUCUGGUCUCUUGGUUCGCGGUAGCAGCUCUCGAAAGCGGAAAUUAGAUGAGUUUCAUUCCGUCGGUGAAGACUCCUUCUCACCUGUUUCACAGUGCAAGAGCCUCGCUCUCACCACCCCCGAAAGUUCUCGUCCACAGCGUUGUUCUCAUGGCAAACCCUCGAGCACCCCGAAUCCUACAACCUCUGCUCCAUCAGUUCUUUUGCGACAGCAGAUGCGCUUGUGGUGUGCAGUGCGUCGGCAGCACGGAUUGAUGUUUCUUCUGCAUCAGUUGGACGUCACUCAGCCCAUCUCGGAAGCAGAUAGCAUACGGACUCUUGCUUGUCGUGGACUUGUGGGAAUGGCACGUAGCGAGGAAGUGCGGUCGAUGCUCGCGAAGUUGCCGCUGUUCACUAAGUCGCAGCUACAGCUGCUGAUGAAGGAGCCUAUCUUGCCAGAUCGAAUGGUGGAACACGCAGAGUUUUGUCGCUAUGCUACACUCCUCAUGCGCCUCGUGUUAGGCAGCCUCUCCGAUGGCAGUCUCACCGACGGUGAUAUGUCAAUGGACCGGGUACGACGUGCCGUCAUAGUUGCACGUACUCGCAUCCAGUGGGACCAAGAGGAGCUGCUGGAACUUAUCUGGCGCCAUCUCCAGACUAAAGGCCUCCAUAAGUCAGCGGCUGUUCUGCAGCAGGAGGCACGGCUGAGGUUGGGCAAUUCAUUGCCACAUCAACUGCCGUUAUUCAGUCAUGACGUCGACUCGGAUUCGGAGCCUCCUACACCCACCGCCGCUGUCAACACCACUACUAACAGCAUAGACGUUAGUACGCCAACCUUGAAGGUUAACAAGCUCAAAUCUCUUACAAACUCCUCCUCUAGUGCUCCAAAGACCUUAAGAGACCGACUGGAACGCACUCCCUCCCAUAAGCAACAACUCCAACUGUCUCAAACUGGCUGUACCAUGAUGUCUGGUAGUAGUGGUGGUGGCGGUGGUGGCAACAGCAUCACCACCCCCGCCACUGGCAAUGUCGGUGCUGUCAGCGUUGGUGGCAGCAACGCUACUGGAGAGGCUGGGGAGAUGACACUCUCUAAGAUAGUGGAAUCCUUCCUCAUGCAUCAACACGCCCAAUGUCCAUACCCCGUCUCUGUGUGUCCUCGUUUCUCCCUCCACCAUCCACAUCGUUGUCCUGAACCUCGGAUUGAUACGUGGCUCGGUCCAAUUGCUGGUGUUCCUAGUCUAGUGGUAGCUCGCGAAUCUCUUGCUGGGUGCCACCGCAUGCGUUGCGCUCCGCGUCGUUUCAUCCGCCGCUUUAUUCACAGUCGCUUUAUGCCCAUCUUCACCGUACGAGAUCUUGAUAAUGACCUCUACACAGCGGCUGCAUUUGGACGUGGCAGUGAAUUGGGCGAAGGGGACGAUGGUCUCUUUCUGGGCACUUCGUCAGGUUCCGUGUGUUGGGUUAACGUGGAGGAGGCGGGGUUACCAGUUGAGUUGUUCCGAGCUCAGACCUCCCCUAUCUCUCGGUUGGAGCACGCACGCGACGGGCGUCGGCUUCUGGUUUGUACAAAUUGGGGCGAACCGGCGCUUCUUGUGGCACGACUGGAACAGCGGGACACUGAUUGUGGAAACACUAACAGCGCUUCUGCUCCCUUCUAUUCCAAUCCGGAUAGGCCUGUGUAUGCGCUGUUGCUCGCACUAGAAAUGCGAUUUGCUGCAGAUUCUGGGCGAUAUGCUGAAUUCAGUCGAUCAGGAACGCAAAAUAUGCUGGUUGCUACUGACGGAAAAAUAGCCAAAAUUUUCGAUUUGACCACGGGCGAGCGGAUCAUUGACCUCUUCUCUUCAGUGAAACAGAGCAACUACUUAAUGAACAAAGCCACUUUCUCCGUAGACGACCACCUUGUUUUAAACGAUGGUGUCGUAUGGGAUAUCCGUUGUCCUGGUUCAGGCAGCACAACGCGUCCAGUGCACAAAAUCGACAAAUUUCAGGACGUCGUUUCCGGAGUUUUCCAUCCAAAUGGCCUCGAAAUUGUGGUUGGAUCUGCGGUCUGGGAUAUGCGUACUUGGCGUCUCCUUCAUACGGUUCAAGCUCUGGAUAAACUGGAGGCCACAUUCUCGGAAAAUGCCGAAGUCAUUUAUGCCGGCAGCUUUGGUAUGGACUUCGACGAUCCACUGGAUGAAAUCGUUCAGAGUGGUCGAGCUGCUAUGCAGAGCAUGUUCCGUACCGUUGACGCUCUCGACUAUAGUCUUAUCGCUUCAGUAGACGUGAAACAUCGGAUCGAACAACUGGCUGUGGAUAGGAGGGGUUUACGCUUGGCUCUUGUUGAAAAAUUGGGCGACAAAAAUGUAGAUGAAUCCCUCAGUCAGUGCCGAAUCUAUUCCAUUGGACAGAAACGCUCCAUUCGGGAGUUGGAGACUGAGGAUGAUGAUGAUGAAGAAGUUGAAGAUCGUCAUGAUGACGACGACGACGAUGAUGAUGACGAUUACGUUCACAUUCCUCUAUCCUCUUCUCCUACCUCAGUAGUCACGGACGAGGACGGAGAGGAUGACGAGGAGGAUGAGACAAUGUCGGAGGGAAGUUCAGAAAGCAGUGUCGGUGGAUCUGAGUCCUCUUGGGAGACCGAGGAAGAAAUGGAAGUUUCCUCUUUCCCAGAGGAGAACUAA